AUGGAUGGCUUCUUGAGAAAAGAGCACUUUUCAGCUCGCUCGCCGGCCCCCAGAGCACCCGUCCCGCCGAACCUCUUCUACGGAACACCAGCGCCACAGCCAUCGACUUUUUCUCACUUGCUUUCCUCGUCAUCUGAACGAGAAGAGAGGAAAGAAUGGGAAACAGGCACCUCUCGCGGGGCUCCUAAUAGCAGAACGGAGCUUUCCCUGACAGGGGAACGAUUUUGGAGGAAAGUUGCCGGAGCUCUGCGCGCCAGGUGUACAUACAGCCCGGAUCGCGGCCGAGGAGCGCCCGCAACAACGUGUCCUUCUCUGGAAUCACCAACUUCCACUGAGACCGUUCACAAUGACGUUACCAUUGAUUGUGAAUCCCGAUCUGCAAACGGGACCCAUGCUGUGCCUUUCGUGCCGAACCGUUCAGGGGAAUCGUCAGUUGCCGGAAAUGCAACGACGAGCGAACCGCAGGGAAACGCUUCACUGACAGAGGAGCCGGAGCGGGGGACGGAAGCGGGGCUCGCUGCGUUCCCCCGGUAUCCCGUCCGAGUUUUCCGCAAACAGGAUGCGGCCCUGGCGGCGCUGCAAGCGCUGCCAGAAGAGUUGAAGAGCCUAUUCGGGCUCUUCGCACAAGAGAUCGCCGAGAAAGGCGUCCGGCGCUACAUAGUAGCGUCCUACAGAGACUUUGUUGGCGGUUAUCUGAAGAUGGUCAAGACGCAGGAGCCGAACCGCCAUCUGUACGAAGUCUUACGGGAAGGGAGGCCCUGCUGGCUGUAUUUCGAUGUUGAAUUUUCCAAGUCUCUGAAUCCUGACAUCAAUGGGGAAGAAGCGAUUGCACUGCUCAAGCAGAUGCUCGCAAAGUUCCUCAGCGGGCACUUCGGUUUCCCUCUACAGAAUUCGGAUAUCGUCGACCUGGACUCCUCCACUACGGAGAAGUUCUCAAGGCACCUGAUUGUGAAAGCGGUGCUAGAUUCCGUAGAAAAUAGCGAAGAUCGCUCAGAUGUGCAGAGCAAACGACUUGCUCUAUGGCUUGUCAAAGAGCCCACGGGGGUGCCGGAAGGCCUUGCCGAGGAUCAGGAAGGCCGGGAAGACUCAGAGAGCGCCUCAAGCAACGAGAGCGAAGAUGAAGGCAUGGACGACCGCGCGCCGGCCAGCGCGCUCUGCAUGCGGGGUGAUGGGGGUGGAGCAAAUAGCCCCCCGAGUCUCUCUCCGAAAGGCGACACUCACCAGCCCGGGCCAGAAGCCAGACAGCUCUCAACAGACGCUGCUCUCCAAGUCUUCUUCGGCAGUCGCACCUCUGAAGGCCCUCCGCCCGACACGGAGGAUGAGGCGCCGGCGCGUUCGCUUCCCUCCUGCCCAGUCGCGUCCACUGCUGCGUCUGCGGAUUUGUCGUCGCACUCUCCUCGCUCCAGCCGUUCUGACCCGCCGCCUCCCUCUGCUGCGGCCUCCGCGCCUGCGGUGAUGUCUCUUUCUCCUUCCUCUGCAGUCAGAGGAGGUGAUCUCUGCACACGCCGCGGGGCAGACCUCGCCCCGCGAAGCCCCAGCCAAGAGCGUCACCUGAAGGAGCGUCGCACGUCAGACGGAGAGGAUGCCGACACAGAGGAGGAAAAUCGUCGCGACGGAGUGGAGCCGAAGGCGAGACGAGGAUCCGAGAAGCCGCGUCGAAAGAGCUCUGGCUUCCCAGCAACCUCGCACGCACCCCCCGACUCAGAGGCUGUCGGCGCCGAAGCUUCACACUCGGCGGACGCCCACGUGGACGCGGAGUUCUUCGCCUUGUUCGACAGCACGCCGAUCGUCUCUGUCGCGGCGGGGGGAGACGUCUGCGCUGCGGUUCAUUCGCGCGCCGCGCCUACGCCGCCUCCCUCCACCGCCUUCGCCGACGCGCCGCACGCCGGCCGCUUCGUAGACCGCUUCCUGUCCUUUCUUCUCCACGAGCUUCUGCGCGCCCGCCGGCGGGCCCCGCGGCCGAGGAGCGAAGGGCGGAGCCUGCCGCUCGAGGCCGCGAAGGCGGAGCUGAGCAGCUGGACGCCGACACCGCGAGAAACAGAGUGGCCAGGCCCUCUGCCGCGGACGAAGAGACAGAGGGGAGGGGAGACCCCACAGCCCACCUCCGAGGAAGCGCGCCAGCGAGCGAGGCGGCGGCCGGCGCGCCGAGCGAAUCGAGAGACGGCAGCAUGCGUGGAAAUGGACGUCAGUCGGCGAGGGAAGCUGCGAGCCCAGAGCAGGAGGGAGCGCGCGUCUACCAGUCAGGGGAAGGGGGCGGCACAGAGGAGGUCGCUUCCGCGAAUACCGUUGUCAAGGCGCAGGGCAAGUCGACUCCAGCCGACCGAUAUGGCGGCAAUUUACCGUCGCAGGCUCCUGAGGCGCAUGAGCUGGCCGCAGCGGACGCGAAAGAAGGAGAUUUCGCGCCGAGCUUCAACUCUUUUCUGUGUCUGUUUCCGAGAAUCUCGGCGGAGGGCGAGCGCUCCAGCAUCAUCGACGUGUCGGUUUACUCGCGAAACCGCUGCUUCCGGCUGCUUCACUCAAGCAAGUUCAACAAGGCAGCGUUUCUCCAGUGGUUUGCUGGCCGCUACGCACCAGCUACACCUUCAGCGAGCGACCUUGCAUUCUUUUGAGGCGGCGUCCGUUUCUGUGCUUUCGACUCAGGUUAGUCCAGCAAAUGCCUUCCCUCUGGGUGACGACGCCCGCGCGACGCUGCUGCGUUCGCUUGCGUCGCUCGUUCCUCCCUCCCUUCCGCUCUUCGAUCGAGGCGAGGAGACCAGCGCGGCCGCCGAAGGCAGGGAGCGCCGCGGAUGCUCUUCUUCGCAGCUGUGGCAGCCGGACAGUUGCGCGCUGUGGUCUGGGGCUUCCUCUGCGUCGCCCCUGGCGUUUCGGCCUUCUUCCUCUCUCGACGAGAGCUCGUUGGACGACUCAAGUGCGCCGGUGGGCGCCGCUAGCGCCACUGGAGGUGCGCUGCCUCCGCUCGUUUUUUCUCGGCUGCUGACUACGCGGUGUCUCGGCGCGAGUCUGCCAGCCAACCUGCGGGUCGCACGCGGUGGCUGCGAGAGCGACAGAGAACAGAUUCGCAAGGCGAAAGGCGAGCGCCGGCCGUGCUACCUGGGCGCGCUGAUUCGACACGCGGUGCAAGUCUGGGAUGAGAAGCUUGCGGUCUACCGACGUCUCUCGCAAGAAGCGCGAGAGCGAGCCAAGAGGGGGGGCGGCGCUGCGGAAAGGCCUGCGACAGAAACCGACCAGCACGCCGUCGCUUCGACCCGUUUUUCAACCGACGCCCCUUUCACGCUGAAGCCUCCUUUCGGUUCUGACCGGAGGGAUGGCGGCCUCGCGUCGCUUCGGGGGUUCACCGGCAAGCGUAAGAGAGACGGCGGCGGAGAGGCCGCGGGUGAAAGAAAGACACGCAGCUGGGAGUUCAGCGGCAGCGACAUCGCGGAGCUUCUUCUCGAGCGAGAAUUCGCCAGCGGCCACAGCGAACCCGCAGAAAUCGCCUCAUGUCUCUUCUUCACCUCCACGCAGACCGCCGUUAUCACGCUCAAAGGAAAUCGAUUCUGCGAACGCAUCGGCAGGCCGCACAAGUCAAAUGCCGUCUCGCUGGUGCUUCAGGCAGAGAAGGGCUGCUUCUACCAAAAGUGCUACGACCCAGACUGCCGCGGUUUUCGAAGUGCGCUGGCGGAGUUUCCUGCGCAUCUCCGCGGCCUGCAGGCGUCUCUCGAGGAACUCGCAGACUUGGACAUCGACUCCGCGGCGGCGCACGAGGCAGCGAGCGCGAGAGGCGACGGAGAAGAACGUCUAGAGGAACGCGAGACACGCGCGAGAGAGAAAGCGCGAGAAGAGACAGACAACAACGCGGCGAGGAUAGCCGCGCUCGCGGAAAACGGCGACGCAACGCGAAGGAAAGGAGGUGGCGACAAAGACAUGCCAGGGGGGCACGAAGAGACAAAGAACGUAGUGGCAGCGGCGGCACGCGGCGUCUGCCGAGCCGAAGAUUCAGCGACAAAAGAAGGAAGAGAAAAGAGUCACGAGGGCGCAGCAGAGAGGAAGGAAGACGAAAAAACGCGCGGCUGCCGUGAUGCAGCAAACAAACCCGAUACAGAUCUAGAUGACAUCCUCGCCGCUGUGCCAAUCUGA